UGUGACCACCAGCUAACCUAGAGGGAGCAUGUGACCAGCUAACCGGGAAUCCAGACUGAGAGACAGACGGAGGAGGAGGCUGGAGUGGAUCAGUCCCAGGUGAACAGCACUGAGUCAAUACAGGGAAUUUUCCACUUGUGCUUAUUGUUUCUUAUACAGGCGUGUGUCUCUGGCAGGAAUGUCACAGCUGCCGGUGAGAAAAGGGAGUCAUUCAAAAGAUCAGCUGGAACCCCAUGAAGCUUCUCCUGAUAAGCAUGGAAAUACUCUCCUCCAUUACGCUGCACAUGAUAACAACCAGAGCUUGGUGAAUGAACUGCUGCAGAAUGGAUGCAACGCUCUGGCCAAAAAUGGGAGUGGCCUGACACCCAUUCAUUUUGCAGCUCUAGGGGAUAAUGUGGAAAUCUUAGAGGUGCUCCUCUCAAAGGCGCCACAUGCUGUUAACCUGAAGAACAUUAAGGGUUAUACACCCCUCCAUGAAGCUGUUCGUGGCAAAAGCAUCAAAGCCAUUCAGUUCUUAAUAGACAAAGCCGACCCAAACCUGCAAGAUGAGGAAGGUAACACGCCUUUACACCUGGCCGUAUCACAGAGUCCUGCAUGCGCAGCUGUUCUGAUGUCUCAGAUUUUGCUGGAACAUCCUAGAACUAAUCCAGGAAUCCAGAAUCUGGCCCAUGAGAAUUUCCUCUUCAGCAUUGUGAGAGGUGCAGCAAUGGAAGGAAGUGAAUCCUCCACCAAUCUUCUUUCACUUGGACUUCAAUUCCAUCCUGAAAUUCUGUGCAGAAAUGCGAAAGGACUCACUCUCCUGGAUGUUGCCAGAGACAUAAAAGCUCCAGACUGCGUAAUUAGAAGAAUUCAGCAGAAGACACAAGAACAGCAAAUGAAGAAUUCCCUGCAGCCGCCCCAUCAGUCUCUAAAAGCAAAUUCAUCUCUACUGUCUCCGGAGGGUUCUGUGAAUACUCCUAGAAGAACAGGGAAAACAAUGAAGGUUUUUGUCUGCGGGUCCAGUGGCACUGGAAAAACCACAUUUGUCAGCACAUUGAAGGAGACCGGUAUAUAUUCAAAACCACAGUUCCCUCCUUCCAGCAAAGGUGUUUCCAUAACCCACUCUGAUGUGGAUGACACCACUCUGAUUAUCUGGGAUUUUGCUGGCCAGAUGGAGAGUUACUUCACUCAUUCCCUUCUCCUUGCUACCUGUGGAGCCAGCACUAUAUACUGUCUAGUCUUCAGUCUGCAAGGAGUAGAGAGUGACUUCCAAGGAGGACAGAAAAGGGCUAUUGAACAGAUUAUCUACUGGCUGAGGUUUCUGAGUGCGACCAAGAACAUUCCCUCCAAACCACAUGUCCUGCUGAUUGGAAGUCAUUUAGAUAAACUUCCCGAGAAGAACAGAGAAGAUAUAGCAUAUUGUUUCUUCAACAACGUGAUGGAGAAUCAUUCUGUGCUGUUCCAGCUCUUCCAUAUCACGUUUUUGCCAAUAAAUUGUAAAUGCAAAACGUCUGGGCAGGCGACUAAACGAGCACUGAAAGACAUUGUGACGCGAAGCCUUCAGACCGAGGCCCAUGAUCCUCUUCCCGACAUCACUGCCCUUGUAAUGGUGCAAGCCACAUAUCUACGUGCCCGCAAUGACUCGUUCCAGUCCUGGAAUGAUUUUGCUGACGAUAUUUCUAAACAUUCCUCCAAGCUCCUCUCUCCAAGUAAAUUGCGCACAGCGGUGGAGCAUCUGCACAACAUCUCUGAGUUGUUGUACCUGCCACAGAUACUAUGUCCUUCCGAUACUUCCAAUACUGGCUGUGCCCAUAGAGCCAGCAUCCAGCCUGAUACAUCCCCCUCAGGAUUGAUUAUAUUUGACCUACAAUGGUUACUGCAAGAUAUUUUUGGCAAGUUUGGUCACUUUUCACUGAGCCCAGCUUCGGGCAGGGAGAAAGAGCAAUGGAGCCUGGCUGAGAUGAAGGAUGCUCUGGAUUUAAAGGAUUGUGAUGGAGAAACGACUCUCAAGUUGCUGGAGAAGUUGGAGCUCUUGUUCCAGACAACUAAAGGAGAUUAUGUGGUGCCUGCUUGGUUAAAACGGGGUAGGCCUCCUGGAGUGAUGCAGCUGGAGAAAGUACGGGGAAUAGAAUAUUGCUGGGACGACUCCAGUACAGGCCUUUUCAGCCAGUUUUUUGUAGUCGGUCUCCAGAUUAAUCUCUUGCGUACAGUUGACCCAGAUAGGUGUCAAAUAUGGAGAGAUGGGGUAAAAUUAAGUGAGAAGGCUCAGCUGACAUUGGAGGUCUCGGAGAACAAGAGAUGUCUUUACAUGAUUGGCAGCUGGAGUCAGGAAUGCUAUGAAGGCGACUGUUACAUUCUCAUGGAAAAGGUGGGGACGGAAGUGGAGAAGAUGCUCAGAAUGGAACCUACAAAGAGUUGGAAGAAGAUGCACCUUAACCCCAGAGAGCUAAAUUGCAUAGCUGAGGAUUUGCCCUUUGAGAAGCUCAGCAGUUUUACCUGGGAGCAAAUUUUGCAUGCGGAACAAGAAAACAGAUGUCUCUGUGGUAAGAGUGAAGAGGUAAGAACCUGGGAGGUGCUGUUUCCACACCAUGAUCAAAGGAUGUUACACAAACUAGGCACAUCUUGCAGCACACACUGGUUGGCAGAAAGCACCCACAAAAAGCUGUGCGAAUUCUUAGAUAGUCAACAUCCCAUGGCGUUGGACUGGAGGAAACUGGCAGAACAACUGGGUGGCGCCACUACCAGUGUUGUGUCAGAAUUAGAGGAAGAAUCAAAGCGUAGAGACUUGUCCCCCACACAUUUAGUAUUAGAUAAGUACCAGGGGUCAAUUGAGCAUCUUAUUGGGGCCUUAAAACACAUGGGGAGGGAGGACUGCAUUGUGGAGAUAGAGCUGAUGCUAAACCAUUUGUGUAGCUCUGGAGGGAACGAAGGGGGUCAUUGUGUAUAGUACUAAUUGCACCAUUUAUGUUUUGUUGGAUAUAAUUCAGGUAAAGACAACACACACCUACAUCUUCACUGAUAAAAUCUCUAAUGAUGCACCGCCUCUUAUUUACUAAUAUUAACUGCAGGCCAUAAUUAUAACAGGCUCCCAAUUUAUAUGUGAAAUACCACACAGACUUAUCCAACAUCACUCACAUGAAAAACUUUAAUGCAAUCAUUUGGGGGUUCCAGAAGGGAAAUUCUCCUGUAUCCUGGUUAUCUGAAAUCAACUGGAAUUGUGGCAAAGAAAUGCUGCAUUCUUGGUAAUCUGCACCUGAAAUUGCUCUUUACAUACUGCACUUGCAUGUGCUGCAAGUUGGGGAUGGUGUCACUUCCCAGGAGUUAGUUAAAGUGGUGUUAGUGUUUGAUACUUUGGGUUAGGGAUGCACCGAAUCCACUAUUUUGGAUUCGGCCAAACCCCCGAAUCCUUCAUAAAAGAUUCGGCCGAAUA